GCAUCUCUUGAAAUAGACUUUUUGGGCCCUGGUCCUGCAACAAGCUUUUCAAGAAAGCAGGCUUUCAGACAACAAUGAAUGUGGAACAUGAAAUAAACCUCUUAAUUGAGGAGAUUCGGCGACUGGGGACCAAAAAUGCUGAUGGAAAAAUGAGUGUGAAGUUUGGCGUGCUCUUUGCUGAUGAAAAAUGUGCCAACCUCUUUGAAGCCCUAGUGGGAACUCUUAAGGCUGCAAAACGAAGAAAGAUUGUUACUUACCCAGGAGAGCUGCUUUUACAAGGUGUUCAUGACAAUGUUGACAUUUUAUUAUUGCAGGACUAAUGCAAAUUGCACUUAUUCUAUGCAUUAGUUAAUAUGUUUCAGGUAAAAUGAUUUGCAGAAUUUUCAGAUCAAUGGAAAUCAUGCUAAUGUGUUUGAAUGCAAUUUUCUAUAUCUUUAUAGUCACAAGGAAACUGCUAUUUUGGAAAUCUAUUUCUUUUUGUAUUCUUUCUGUGAACAGUACUGUACUGCAAGGUAAAAGAUCCAA